GUCUUCAUCAUGUACUUCAAGCCGAGUACGUUCAGGUGUAUUCUGCUGCGCUGGGUUCGAAUGCUCGGCUUCUCCAUCGUCUACGGCACAGUCACACUGAAAAUGUACAGGGUGCUGAAGGUGUUCCUCUCACGCACGGCCCAGAGAGUGCCCUACAUGUCCAGCCUCCACCUGCUGAGGAUUCUGGGAGUGAUGCUGAUGACAGUCAGCUGGUUCCUGUGUGCGUGGACUGUGGGUGUCCUCCAAAACCGCGACAGGAACAUCCCAGUGUUCAUCACAAUGACCACAUCAGACGGGCAGGGGUUCAACCUGUGUUACCUGGACCGCUGGGACUACAUGAUGGCUGUGGCUGAGCUCCUGUUCCUGUGCUGGGGCAGCUCCCUGUGGACCGCCGUCAGGCCGGUCCCCUCAGCCUUCCAUGAACCUCGCUACAUGGGCAUUGCCAUCCACAACGAGCUGCUUCUCUCCACCAUGUUUCACCUGUUCCGGUUCACUUUUCCCUCUCUCCAUCCUGAUUGGAUGUUGCUGCUCUCCUUCACACACACUCAUGUGACCAUCACUGUGACACUCGCCCUGCUCUUUAUACCCAAGUUCCUUUAUGUGUCCAAGCCUGUGAGAGAGGAGAUUGCAGCAGAGGUGUAUGAAGAUGAAGUGGACCUUCGGCGCUCCGGCUCAUACCUCAACAGCAGUUUUCACUCUGCUUGGAGUGAGCACAGUGUGGACCCGGAUGACUUUCGGGAUGAACUGAAGAAGUUAUAUGCCCAGUUAGAAGUCCACAAGACCAAGAAGAUGACUGCAAACAACCCUCAUCUGUCAAAGAAACGAAGUUCUCGAUGUGCACUGGGGAGAUCCAUUAUUAGACGCAUUGCUGAGAUCCCAGAAACCAUGAGCCGGCAGUGCAGCCGCGAGGAGAAAGAUGGAUCCUUCCACAGUAGAAGCGUGAAUCUGUCUGAGUCUUUCAGGAGGGCCCCAGAUACAGUAUCUGUCAGUAUCAGUUACAGGAGUUCAGUGAGAACACCAUCUCCAUCCAUGCGCAAGUCUCAAAGCGAUCAUCACUAUGUCAGGGAAAGAGACUCUUCUUUACGUGACUCCAUGUUAAAGGCCAACGCUGUGAAGAGAUCAUCCCGGCGAUCUGAGACUGAUUCUUUGGAUAUUCCACCAGGGGUUUGUAAGUCAGCCAGUGCCCAAAAUCUGACAAUCGAUACCAAUCUCCUGCAUCCUGAUCAUACCAAGCUCCAUAAGUCCUGGAGUCUAACCUCAACUACCGCCCAUUCUAUGGAGAACAUAGCUAAGGUUAACAGAGCCAGCACAGUGCUGACAAGGUCCAGGCAGAGCAUAUCCAUUAGUGAUCAGACCAGGAGUGCUCUCAAGUCAGAGUCAUUUGACAAGGCUGAGGUCUGUCCUUGGGAUGUGGAGCAAGAACAAUCAGGGGACAAGAACCAGAAGCAUGUCACCUACGCAAAUUCUGAGAAUUGUGAGCAAAAAAGGGCAAUAUCUCCCGAGGCACUUAUCUGUCCCUGGGACCAUUUACCACCUGUAGACAAGAAUCCUUCAGAGGACAAGGCAACAAAAGGUGAAACUGAGUCCCCCAAACCACAGCUCACUGUGUCUGCAAGUGCACCAGGCACUCCAAGACCAAAGGUCACAAAAGAUCAACGCAUCUUUUCCUUCCGCACCACUACCACUAAGUGGCUCUCUGUGAAAUCCAUUAUGGGAUCCAUGGAUGCAGGAAGCAAGGAGGGAAGUUUACAUAAAGAGGAUUCUGUCUCACAAAAAAGUCAGGAAAGUGCUUCCACAACACCAAGAUCAGGGACAUCUAGCAGACGUCCAAGCAUAGAAAAGAGGUCACUGCAGAAAAGAAGUAUGACAACGGAUGGAAAACCAUGCCUUGUGAAGCAGAAUGCCAUCAGACUGUCCUCUGGGGAUUCUACAGACAGAAGCCCAAGAAGGCUUGUUAUUGUCAAAUCUGCAGUCUACCCUUGGGACAUGGAGGAUAUGCAAAAAGAUGGCACCUAUGAAAAUGUGUUCUUAUCAAGGCAGAAUAGCAAACGUAGUAGUAUAAGUUCUUGGGAAACUGCCAGCAGCUGUAGAACUCCUUCGACCCGCAGAAGAGGUAGUUAUCGAAGAACACCAACCCGUAAUGUUUCCUAUGCAGAUGUGUGUCCAUGGGAUGGAACUGGUACUUCUGGUACUUUCCAGGAAGAAGAGGGAUCAAAGAAGCAGCAGAGCAUUAAAGCAGACGUCUGCCCUUGGGAAUCGCAGGUAUCUGAACCAUCUAAUGUAUGUCCAUGGGAAUCGCAAGAGCCAGGGGAUGUGAGAAGACGAGGAAGUACCCAUAGUAAUGUAUGUCCGUGGGAAUCUCAAGAGCAAGAUAAAGCGAAAAGACGAGGAAGUGCUCAUAGUAAUGUGUGUCCUUGGGAAUCGCAGGAUGUUCCCAUUAUUUAUCAUAGUAAACCAUCCAUAGAUUCACAGACACAACAGUCUUUAAAACGUGCAGCAGACAUAUGUCCCUGGCAGACUGCAGAAACUCCCCAACCUUCAAUAAGGCAAGAAAAUGAAUAUUCUAAUGUUUGUCCUUGGGAUGUUCAGGACAAGCCUGACGUUGUAUAUGAAAAUCUAAGUCCUUUGGAGACCAAGGGAACGCUGACAGUGCCCUUUCGACAAGAAGUUAUGAAACCUGCAGUCUACACGGCGGCAUCAAAAGAGCAGAGUUUAAGUAAUGAGCAAAAAUACAACGCAAAAUCACCUGCCCUGCAUUUGGGCAGACAAGUGACCAAGACAACAGAAAGUUGUCCAUGGGAUUUCCCUGAUCCCCCUAAAACGAUGGAAAACAUUUGUCCAUGGGAAGAGAGCAACACAGAGCCAACAAAUACAAACACAAUCUCACAAAUGAUCAUCAAGGUAGAUAUUUGUCCGUGGGAGACUGGACAUCAAGACAAACCAGAAGACUCACUACAAGGUGUCUUGCCUUUGAAAGCUGCUUCUAUACAGACUGAAGGAAAAGACGGCACAAGAGUAAACAUAUGUCCCUGGGAAACUGAGCCCCCUGAAAAAUCCGCAGCUAGCAAGAUGGGUUCACAAGGACUGGAAAGACUGGCAGAUGUUUGUCCAUGGGAUAGUAGUGAACCAGAAUCAGGAAAAUCAGAGAUCCCCAAAACAUCAGAGAGUCAUAUAAGGCAAGACACAGCUCGUGCAGAUGUUUGUCCAUGGGAGACAGAAGCACCAAAGGUUCUGAAAAAGCAAGAUAGUGCUCUGGCAGAUGUUUGUCCAUGGGAGACAGAAGAGCCCAAAGUUCUCAAAAAGCAAGAUAGCACUCUGGCAGAUGUUUGUCCUUGGGAGACAGAAGAACCAGGAGUUGUCAAAAAGCAAGACAGCACUGGAGCAGACAUUUGUCCCUGGGACUCUAAGGAUCCACAAACUUCAACCCAAAGUCAAGCUGAUAUUCCCAACACUGACAAAGAUGAAGUCAUAGAGAACCAGGAGCCACUUAAUGUAGAAGAUACUCCAGCAGAUAUCUGCACAGAGCAGAUGGAGUCCAAAGAAAACCUAGCCCUGGGCCGCCGUGAUGCUUUGUGUCCCUGGGAGAUGGUAAGGAGCAGAUCUGGCUCAUUCACAGACAAUGCCUCUGACAUUUUUACAUGGGAGCCUGAGAAUAUUCCUGAGGAAGAUGAAGAGGACGAUGCAGAAUGUGCUGCUGAGGCUCUUGUAUUCCCACCUGACUUGUGACCUAAAUCUAGCCCGCAUUUGCUUCCACUUUUGACCCCUCGUGCUAAAGCAAGGGCAAUGUGAACAACCAUUUUGGUGGCACCCUGUGGAAGGGGAACGCUGAACUUCUCCAGCUCCACGGGGAGGUCAGAGAACAGGGUCAGCUCACUAACAGCUUCUGCAGCGUGCAGAGCUGAGAACCCUUUUCUGCUGGACAAUUACCUGGGCUACUCAAAGACAAAACUUAGGGCUGUGUUAUUUCAGGUUGGACUAUCCAUUUAGGCUAUGCCACUAUCUGACUAAGCCUGUAGUUGAGACUUGAUGAGCUGGACACAAUAAGUUGUGCAAACCUGAUUGAAAAUGUUUUCUUUUAACUGGAGCACAUAUUGCACACUCAGUAUGUCCCUAAUCAAUCCAGCAGUAAACUACAAACUGAUUUCUUGGCUGAUGGAAGGGCAUCUAAGGCAUUUAGAUGAAGUCCCUUUUCUUCCUGCUUCUACCCCCCCAUUUUAAAUUAAAAUGUUUUUGUGUGUCUUUGUAUGUUUUUAGGUGACAAUUCACAUAUUUGCCAUGUACGUACAAUAUGCUGGACCCAUGGCUGGGGUACAUAUGUUACAAAAGCUGAACUUAACAAGUCUACCGUGCUCACAAUCACAAAUAGCACAGGGCCUAAAAUAUGGAACUUAAUUAAAGAUGGAAGCCUAACCAGCAUACACCAGAUAAAUUCAGCCUAAUAGUGGACAUAUUUUCAAAGUACAGGAAAGUGUUACAUGUAAAGUAGCGCCACCAGAACUACAGUUGAUGACAAUUUACAUUUCUACCAGGUAUUAAUGAUUAAUACAACUAUGCAAACCUGUUUGCUUAAGACUGAUUUCAUGACUAAAGGCCAAUAAUUGAUAUUACUCCCUUACUUUUGAUUCAGUAAUAAAAAAAAACAUAAAUUUAAAUAAACUGCAGUGAAAAGCAGCCUAAACAUUUUAUAUCUGUGCAUUUAGAAAGUCAUGUCAAUGCCUUUUAUGUGGAUGCAGCUCACUGUACACCAGUUUCAUUGAGAUGGGACAAUGUGAUUUAAUAUUAAAAACACACUGUGAAAAAUAAGUUUUUAAAAAAUGUUUGGCAAUUGCAAAGAACAUCAAAUUGUAUGUCCUAUACAAUUUGAUGUUCUUUGUAAUUUUUUUGCAGUUUAUGUUGCAGCUAACCUGACCUGCUUCCAAAUUUUCUCCAUCUAAAUGCUGUAAAUAAUGUGAGUUAUGGAGGUAAGGCCUCAGUUUCAAUGAAGAAUAGGGCUGCCCCUAUCUGUUGAAUAACUACAAACAUUUUUGUCAGGGUACUUUAUGCAGAUAAUGAUAAUCAUUUUAAAAAGUCAAAUCUUUGGCGACACUUUAAUAUUCAUAAAUAUUCCUUGAAGUCUUUGAAAGGAACUAGAUAAGAGAUUCUUAUGCAUGACUCCAUUAAUAUGCAGACGACCGAUAAUACUGGAGAAAUUACAGAUUUUAUUUCAAUUAAAUCAAUUUAUGGAUUAAUCAAAGAUGUCUUGUGACUAUUAGAUAUUUUUAUAAGAGUGGCCCUACCUUUCAUGUCUGACAUUAAUGAGUCCUACUUUCAGAAUCAUUAUGUUUCAGAUACAGACAACUGCAACUUUUUAAAACCCAGUAUUAUGUUGAAAAAGGUUUUAUGAAAAAUAAAACUUAAUAUUAACAGUUUUCUGUAUUGAUGUAAUUGAGUAUUGUGUCUAUGCCAGCAAUUUGUCUGUGAAAUCAGGUGUUUUUCAGCACUUCUGCUACAGUGACUAGGUUUUUCAUUCAGUGAUCUCAUUGUUACACACUGCACCAAGUUUUUUGUCAAUGGAGUGACCUAGUUCUGUGAGCAUUGUUGCAUGUAAGUGUGUUUUUGAAUGAGUAUGCUGUAAAUUGUUGUUCCGUAAAAAAAAAAAAUCUAAUAUUGUUGUAACUUGCAUAAAGAAACAGCCUAUGCUCGGUUUUCCAUUUUGUAUGCAACAUCAUCUAUAAAAGAUUAUUCUGAUAAAGAGAAUCUACUGGUGUGAAGAGAAGCAGAUGGGGCACUUUAUUUUUGUAUUUCCUGAGGUCAACAUGCAGCACAAUCAUCAGAGAAAUAAACCAUAUCAUUUCUGGA